ACCUCGCCCCUUCUUGCACAAGGCGUUCUCUUGGAAUCUUUCCAAAUAAUAGCUAUAUGCAUGUUUCUAAGGACAGCAGAGUGAUAUUGCUAGCAAUUUGAUCGGUACCAAGCUUUAAUCUUGAUGAUCAGAUUUAUGGGAAACUGAGACAUAGGUUCCCAUGGCUACGCUCGGCCCCGUUUCAAAUGCUCAACCGGCAGCAUUCGGCCUGGCAAAGAUAACCAUACAAAACAUUUUCGCUUCUUCAACAUACAGACACAAGAAGUCUGGUGUUGUGAAGGCAGAAUUUGUGAGUCACGAAAGUCUUUUUGGUCGAACAAAACAACAAUUGAGUUUCAGGCUUAUUGGGCGGCGUCCUGUCGAGCACCACUUUGUACGCAGUUAUCGAAAGUUUAGCUGGGCUGUGCGCUUGCUCUUCCAUCAGCAUGCAAGAACUCAAAAGUUCAAGUUCAUGCCCUCGGGCCCAGAAACGGAAACGACUAUCUAAUUACAGUGUAUGAGGGACCAAAAUAUGGUGCGGAAGAACGACCAGUCAUGCCACAACUGAGGGACCUGGAAUCCAACUAUUCUCUUUUUUUGACCUAUCGAAAGAAAAAGAAUGGGAGCAGCACAAAGUAUCAAUAGCUCUGGGCUGGUCC